AAGGUUUUGCAAAGCCUUGUGGGUGUUGUUGUUCAUUCCUUUCUCACUGUGUUACAUAAAUAUUGUAAGUGAAACAUAAAACUCUUCGCUUUAAUGUCAGCUGCGAUUAUUGUGGCCGCUGUCGUCGGCGGUGGAAUACUGCUAAUUGUUCGCAGAAUGUUCCCCCGGAAGAAAGCGGUCGAGUUGCUCCGGUACCCGGCCGAUAUGAUGCGGGGGAAGACGGUCAUUGUGACCGGGGCGAACAGCGGCAUAGGGAAGGCCGCGGCCGGGGAGCUGCUCAAACUCCAGGCCCGGGUGAUUAUGGCCUGUCGGGAUCAGCAGAUGGCUGAGGAAGCAGCGCAGGACAUCAAGAAGCAAGCGGGGCCAGAGCACGGAGAGGUGGUGAUCAAACACCUGGACCUCGCCUCGCUUCAGUCUGUGCGGAGCUUUUGCGAGGAGAUCCUGAAGGAAGAACAACAAGUCGACGUGCUCAUCAACAACGCAGGCAUUUACCAGUGUCCCUACACAAAGACAGAGGAGGGGUUUGAGAUGCAGCUGGGGGUCAACCACCUGGGUCACUUCCUCCUCACCCACCUCCUCCUGGACCUCCUCAAGCGCUCCUCCCCCAGCCGCGUGGUGGUGGUCUCCUCCAAGCUCUACAAGUAUGGCAGCAUCAACUUCGACGACCUCAACAGUGAGAGAAGCUACAACAAAGCCUUCUGCUACAGCCAGAGCAAGCUGGCUAAUCUGCUCUUCACCCACCAGCUGGCCCGGCGCCUGGAGGAGGAGGGCGUCACGGGGGUAACGGUCAAUGCCCUCACCCCAGGCAUCGUGAGGACCAGGCUGGGCAGGCACAUCCACAUCCCCUUCCUGGCCAAACCUCUCUUUUACCUGGCCUCGUUGUUCUUCUUCAAGAGCCCACUGGAGGGAGCUCAGACGCCACUCUACCUGGCGUGUUCACCCGACGUGGAGGGCGUGGCGGGGAAGUGCUUCGCUAACUGCGAGGAGGAGGAGCUGAUGCCCAAGGCGACGGACGAUCAGGCGGCCAAGAGACUGUGGGACCUGAGUGAGACCAUGGUGGGGAUAAAAACUCAAUAAGGGACCUGGGAGACCUGGGUUCCAGACUCUCUUAUAGAGACCAAAUGAGAGACUUGCCCUGGGAAUCAAGUGAAUUGGGAGAUGAUUGAUUGAGACUUCUUGGGGUUUCAUUGGAACUAGGGUCAGUGGGUAAAGUUUCCACUGUUUUGAAUUAACCUCGGUAUGUGGGUGCGUGUGUGUGUGUGUGGGCGCGUGCAUGCGUGGGUCCGUGUGUGUGUGUGGGCGCGGGCAUGCGUGGGUCAGUGUGUGUGUGUGGGUGCGUGCAUGCGUGGGUCCGUGUGUGUGUGUGUGGGCGCGUGCAUGCGUGGGUCCGUGUGUGUGUGGGCGCGUGCAUGCGUGGGUGCGUGUGGGUGCGUGCAUGCGUGGGUCCGUGUGUGUGUGUGGGCGCGUGCAUGCGUGGGUCCGUGUGUGUGUGUGGGCGCGGGCAUGCAUGGGUCCGUGUGUGUGGGUGGGUGCGUGUGUGUGUGUGGGCGCGUGCAUGCAUGGGUCCGUGUGUGUGUGGGCGCGGGCAUGUGUGGGUCCGUGUGUGUGUGUGGGCGCGUGGGUGCGUGUGUGUGGGCGCGUGGGUCCGUGUGUGUGUGUGGGCGCGUGCAUGCGUGGGUCCGUGUGUGUGUGUGGGUGCGUGCAUGCGUGGGUCCGUGUGUGUGUGUGGGCGCGUGCAUGCGUGGGUCCGUGUGUGUGUGUGGGCGCGUGCAUGCGUGGGUCCGUGUGUGUGUGUGGGUGCGUGCAUGCGUGGGUCCGUGUGUGCACAUAUAAUUGUGUGAUGUGCAAAUGAGGUGUGGAUGGAGUGUGAGUGUGAUUGGAGGUGUGCAAUGUGCCUGUGAAACUGAGAACUGCAGUCUUCCAUGAAUGUGUAACUAAGUAUAUCCGUUCCCAUAGGAACCAGCUAUUCUAUCUUCUGUACUGUCUUCACCAGUGUUCACUGAAUCACAAGUUCACACAGUCAAAGUGGAGGGGAGCUAAUUCCCAGUAGCGAUUAUCAAAGGGGAGCUGAACUGUCAUAUUUGCUUUUACCGAGUGCGAGCAUGAUUGGUUCUAGUGCUAUAGAAAUAUCUCCGGGGUGGUUUGAAAAGCCAACAGGUAUGUAGUUCAGCAGCUGUAAAUAAAUGCGAAGGCAGCUAAGCUCAUGCAUCCUGCAGCAUGCACUUGGCAGUAGAAAAAGGAAUAGGAGACUGGUUGUGUUGUGUUACCUAAUCCAGUUUUCCUCUCAUGAGGUGUUUGAAGUGUAAAUUCGUCACCUUCUGCUGUGACAGGAUGGACGGGAACAAUAAAGUUGACAAUGAGAUUCAGAUUCAGUCA